AGCAACACAAACCUAAGUCACAACGAAACAGCUGAUUGCACGAAUUGCCAGCAACAAUGAGAUAGCCAUUGUAUCUUGCCUAAAAACAACAUUCUGUCAAGAAAGAAACUACUACAACAUCAGAGACCAAACCUCAUCUGCUACAACCGAAUACCCGCUCAAGAGGAUUACACCAAAUUUGUAGCGGCAGCAUGAGAGUUGAAAUCGCCGUGCCCGCGAUCGCGGCGCUCUGUUACAGGGCUCACUCCAAGAAGUCGUUGACACCCGGCGGCAUCUUUGCUGCUCUCCUUACGGCCAUUGCACACGCAGUUCACCCUUGGAAUCUUCCCUUUGCUCUGCUCGUCGUGUUCUUCCUGGCGGGAACGCGGGUAACGCAUGUAAAGGAAAACGUCAAGGCCAAGCUCACAGUACACUCCAAGGGCACGUCGGGCGGCGAGGGCCCGAGAAGUCACACCCAAGUGUUCGCCAACUCGCUCACGGCUUCCAUCUUCUCUCUGCUCCACGCUUAUCAGCUCCAUGUGCGCAAGCAGGCGCUGAUCGCUAAUCCCACCAGCACCGGGACCGGUAGCCUUUGCUUCUCCUGGGGCGGCGAUUUGUUGGUGAUUGGUAUCAUUGCCAAUUAUGCCUGCGUUGCGGCCGACACCUUUAGCUCCGAGCUGGGCAUUCUGUCCAAGGGCGAGCCGCGCCUAAUCACAAGCUGGAACUUGCGCAAGGUACCGCGUGGCACCAACGGCGGCGUCUCCCUCGUCGGUCUUGGCGCUGGCCUGUUGGGCAGCAUGAUCAUCGUUACGGCGUCCAUGCUUCUUUUGCCUCUUUGCACUGACGAGACGGCUACGAGACUUGGCGGUGCCGCGGGCUGGUCACUGGGACAGCGCCGUAUGCUGAUUCUCGGUCUCACCGUCUGGGGUUUCUUGGGCAGCGUUGUGGACAGCAUUUUGGGCGGGCUCUUCCAGGCCAGUGUCAAGGAUGUGCGAACGGGCAAGAUUGUGGAGGGCGAGGGUGGCGUGAGGGUACUGGUUACCAACGCUACGAACCCCAACAACGUUGCUGGUCGUACUAAGGCUGAGAUCAAGUCCUCUCUUCUGUCUGGCGAGGGGACGGAUGCGGUGGAGGAUGUCGGCGCCGCUUCCGGUAACAAGUACGAUCCGCGCAACAAGCAGCGGAGGUCGAGCUUUGGAGACGAGAGGCCGUCGCGAGUGGUGGAGAACGGCUGGGACCUGCUUGAUAACAAUGAUGUCAACUUCUUGAUGGCAUCUGGCAUGAGCGUGGGAGCGAUGGCCGUCGCAUCGUGGUAUUGGGGAGUUCCUCUGCAGUCUGUGUUGUCGCCAUGGUGGGCGUAAGGCAGUCGCAGGUGGGUAGUGAAUGACUUUUGCUAGAUGUUGGCUAGGUAAACAAUUCCAUGGAUGACAUAUGAGAGUUUAGUCGUCAUUUUGAUUACAUAUCUAGAUCGCGGCUUUGGGUGAAGCUUGGGCAGGAGGUACCUUGCUAUCCGGAUGAUGCUAACCAAAAGCCGGCGCGAUUGUCCAUUGAGGUUCUCAUUGUACCAAACAUCCACAAUUCAAGACCAGCGAUCCGUACAUGGGAUCGAAGACCAGCCCGGCUUACAAUUGAAUCCUUUAGUAUUCUAUACACGAG